AUGAGUGGGACUCCAGGGGCCGCUCUCACAGGCAUCUUCCAUUGCAGUUCUGAUCGGAUCCAGCUGAUGAACUCUGGGAUUGGCUGGUUCCAACCUGACGUUCUGAAAAACAUCAUCACUGAGAUCAUCCUCUCCGUUCUGCUGCCAAACCAGAAUGGCAAAUUAAGAUCUGGGGUCCCAGUGUCAGUGGUGAAGGCCUUGGGAUUCGAGGCAGCUGAGUCCUCACUGACCAAGGAUGGCCUUGUGCUUACCCCAGCCUCCUUGUGGAAACCCAGCUCUGCUGUCUCCCAGUGAAGACUUGGAUGGCGGCCAUCAGGGAAGGCUGGGUCCCAGCUGGGAGUGUGGGUGUGAGCUCUACAGACCAUCCCACUCUGCAAUCAAUAAACACUUGCCUGUGAUG